AUGACGACUUCGCUGCUCCUGCGCCCGCGCUGGCCGGAGAGCCUUAUGUACGUCUAUGAGGACAGCGCGGCGGAGAGCGGCAGCGGCGCCGGCGCGGGCGGAGCGGGGGGCGGCUGCAGCGGAGCGAGCCCCGGCAAAGCCCCCAGCAUGGACGGGCUGGGCAGCGGCUGCCCGGCCAGCCACUGCCGCGACCUGCUCCCGCACCCCGUGCUGGGCCGCCCGCCGGCCCCCCUGGGCGCGCCGCAGGGCGCCGUCUACACGGACAUCCCGACCCCGGAGGCCGCCCGCCAGUGCGCCCCGCCGCCGGCGCCCCCCACCUCGUCCAGCGCCACCCUGGGCUACGGCUACCCGUUCGGCGGCAGCUACUACGGCUGCCGCCUGUCGCACAACGUGAACCUGCAGCAGAAGCCCUGCGCCUACCACCCGGGCGACAAGUACCCCGAGCCGUCGGGCGCGCUGCCCGGGGACGACCUGUCCUCCCGGGCCAAGGAGUUCGCCUUCUACCCCAGCUUCGCCAGCUCCUACCAGGCGAUGCCCGGCUACCUGGACGUGUCGGUGGUGCCCGGCAUCAGCGGGCACCCGGAGCCGCGCCACGACGCGCUCAUCCCCGUCGAAGGCUACCAGCACUGGGCGCUCUCCAACGGCUGGGACAGUCAGGUGUACUGCUCCAAGGAGCAGCCGCAGUCCGCCCACCUCUGGAAGUCUCCCUUUCCAGAUGUGGUUCCCCUGCAGCCCGAGGUGAGCAGCUACCGGCGCGGGCGCAAGAAGCGUGUGCCCUACACCAAGGUGCAGCUGAAGGAGCUGGAGAAGGAGUACGCAGCCAGCAAGUUCAUCACCAAAGAGAAGCGCCGGCGCAUCUCGGCCACCACGAACCUCUCAGAGCGCCAGGUCACCAUCUGGUUCCAGAACCGGCGGGUCAAAGAGAAAAAGGUGGUCAGUAAAUCGAAAGCACCUCACCUCCACUCCACCUGAUCGCCAUCGGCCUCCCGCCCCGUCUAUUUAUGUCGCCGCUUUGUACCAUAACCCAACCCACCGAAGGACGCUUCGCUGGUGCUGACGAAUAUUUAACAGUUAACAAGAAAGAUGAACCGCACCGCCGCUGGGAGGCAGAGAGGUUCGGAGGCCCCACUCCAGACCCCAUCCUCAACCCUUGCCCCGCCUGGAUGGAACUCACCUGGCCUCCACAGCGCGGGAGGGGGUCUGGGUGGGCUGCGGGAUGGAGGCCGGGGCC